GGCGGAGCCUCGCGCAAGGGAAGGGACCACAACUCCCAGAGAGCUCCGCGCCCUUGUCGGCUCCCAGACGAAGAUGGCCGCGAGAAUCACCACUUUCCUCAAGAAUGCCUGGGCGAAGGAGCCGGUGCUGGUGGUGUCCUUCUCAGUCUGGGGCCUCGCUAUAAUUAUGCCCAUAAUCAGCCCCUACACCAAGUAUGCUUCCAUGAUCAACCAGGCAACACCCUACAACUACCCAGUCCCUGUACGAGAUAAUGGGAACAUGCCUGAUGUGCCCAGCCACCCCCAGGACCCUCAGGGCCCAAGCCUGGAGUGGCUGAAGAACCUGUGAAUACUCCUGCUGAUGAAAGAGGCUCCUUCCCUGUUGCCCCCCAAUAAAAAUGGGAAAACCAA